AUAGAAGAGAUAACUAAGUUGUGAAUUAAAAAUAUACUAUCGCUCAUAAUAACCUACGAACCUCAUAGAUAACUACACGUUUUUUGCGUAUUAUAGAUUUCGAAAAUUGUUUAUAACGAAGUCUUUAGUCAAUAACAGAUAGUAAGCGAUGCCGCCGAAUACAAACUUUGUCGUUAAAUCUACGUUAGGUAUUAAUCCCAUAGCUUCCAGGGCCAAAGGGGGGACUUUGAGUACUGGUUUAUGGUUGGAGGAAAGAAAAAAGACUGAUGGAGCGGAAGGCUAUUGGAGAAUCCACGACGGGAUUUAUGAUUUGACUGAAUUUGUACACAAGCAUCCUGGAGGAUCUGAAUGGCUGACUUUAACAAAGGGUACUGAUAUAACUGAAGCUUUUGAAGUUCAUCAUUUAUCGGACUUUCCAAAGGAUAUGCUGAAAAAGUUUUUUGUGAGGCAAGCGAAAACUAAAAGAAAUAUGCCGUUUACAUUCGAGGACGACGGUUUUUAUAGAACUUUAAGAAGAGAAGUUCAACCAAUUUUGAAAAGUUUACCUAAACAAUCUUACAACAACACGAAUUUCUUCACCGAUUCAUUACUAGUAUUAACAUUUGUAUUAUCAAUAUUAGCGGUAAAAAUGUGGAGUUUCGGCAUGGGAAUGUUAGCUGGAUUAUUUCUUGGCAUGUUAACUGUAGCUGGACAUAAUUAUUUCCACAUGAAGGAUAAUAUCAGGAUGUACUAUUUCCAAUUUUCGACCUUGCUAGUCAGAGAUUGGAGAAUAAGUCAUGCGUUGAGUCAUCACCUUUAUACAAAUACAAUCAUUGAUCUGGAGAUAAUAAUGUUCGAGCCAAUAUUACAAUAUUUGCCAAUAAAAAAGACUCCGUUGAAGAAAGCUCUGUCCGUUCUUUCUGCUCCAAUCGUAUGGGCCACACUUUUCCAUUCGUCCUUGAUUCGAACGUGGAUACAUAUGUCAAGAAAAACAUUCAAAUUUACGGAUUUGAGUUGGUUAAUUUUACCAAUAGUCAUAUAUCUUUUUGGAAGAAAAUCGUUUCUGGACACCUUCGUAAUGUGGAAUUUUAUUAUUGCGUGUGGUUCGACAUAUUUAGGUUUUGUUGGCCUCAAUGCAGGACAUCAUCAUCCCGAGGUGUUUCAUGAUGGAGACACUCCUAGAUCUGAAAAAUAUGAUUGGGGACUAGGCCAACUCGAUGCUUUGAUGGAUCGCAAGGAGGUGACUGGUUCUCAUUUCUUAGUCUUAACUAAUUUUGGUGAUCAUGCUUUGCAUCACUUUUUCCCUACUCUAGACCAUGGACAAUUGGAACACCUUUAUCCUACUUUCAAGAAUGUCCUAAAACGAUUCAAUGUAAAUUUAAGAAUGGUUUCGCAAAUAGAUACAAUAAAAGGUAGUUUUCAACAGCUAGUUAGAGAUAAAGCUAAUUCAUGUCCUCCGGAUCUCAAGAAAUAUCCACUGGAAGAGAAAGAAUAUUAAGUUCUUAUUUGUAAUGCACUAUGAAUAAAAUAAAUCAUUACUACCA